CCUGUUCUCCCUGUUUCCGACCAGCGACUUGAAGAAUAAGGAAGACCUGUUGAGAAAGAACAGAUCUAGAACUAGAUCUUUAGUCAACUUAAACUUAUAUAAAUUGCAAAUAGAGACCUACUAUAAUCUUGUUUUUCUAUCUUUCCUAGGUAGGCUGGCUCCACCAGAAAUAAAGAUAAAACAAGAAGAUGCCGGAGACGACGUCAGCGCCCGCUGCCUCUACUUCAUCGGCGACUGCGCCAGUGGUACACCCACAGCCUGAAGGCGGAGCCGACAAUGGAAAAGCCCCUCCGAUGAAGCGGCAGAGAGAGAAAAAGACGGCAGAGGAAAUUGCUGCGGAUACGGCGGCUAAGAAGGCGAAGAAGGAGCAGAAACAGGCUAAAAAAGAGCAAGCCAAAGCGGAGCGAGAAUCUGACAGAGUAGAAAGAGAGCUGCAUCGAGCAGCACAGGAAGUGGACAAACAGGUAGUCUACUUACACCUUAGGAAUAUGUAUAUAGCUUAAGCUUCGUCCAGAUCCAUGCUCAUGUUGCUGUUGUCAUAGGUGGAUGGAUCACCCAUCUCAGAGAUUCGCCUUCCAUGUACUCAGAGAAUCUACUUUACAGGAAGCCAUCAGACUUCGAAAGUACCUUAAGGACUUUGGAGACCAGCUCAAGGAGCGUGUGAAAGAGCGACGUGAAAGUAUGGACUCGUUGUCUAUGACAGAGGAGGAGUUCGACUACGUUUUCAAGGGAUACACCGAUCGCAUCUGUGCGAAGAAAGUCACCACAGAAUGCACGUACCGCGAUGGCUCGAAAAAGACCUUCGUGAAAACCAAAGAGCCCGCUAUGUCUCUAACGAGAAACGAAGUGGAGGCUAUUUUUGGCAGGUCAAAGGUCACAGCAGGAAUGGCACGAGGCGAGCCGAUAGUCAUUAAAUCUAUGGUUGUCAAGCGUAUCUCCCCAUGGGAUGUCUCGCUUACGUGGGAAUUCACAUGGCGCUAACUUCUGGAAAAACGGAGCGAAAAAGAAAGUCAUCUCGAUCCGCUUUGCCGCUUAUUCCGACAACAAGAGGACAAAGGCCUAGCAGUCGUAUUCCUACUAUCACGAAAAUUUGAAUUUCAUGAAUGUGCUAGUACAAGAACGAGUAUGUAUUUAUAAUAAUUCCGUUUCCUGAUCCCGUUCCCGCCCCCUCUGCACUUCCACUUUAUGAGUUACAAAAGAAAAAAGGAUGCACAUCACAGAGAGUGAUAGAUGCAUGAUGAAGUUCUUCGUAUCUGUUCUAUUAUAUAUAUAGCACCAGAUGAUCAUUAUAGAAGACGAAGCGACAACAUAUGAUCACUUCUGCUCUGACGGAUGCUGCGUGAUGAAUGCAGAUGCAGAGAAUUCGCUGAUUUGCACAAAUGUUAGUGCUACGCCGAU